AUUCAACAACUAUUCUCAUGUACUUCGUGCAACGUAGUUUUGCAGGCCUUAUGUUUUCCGAUCAAGUCCACUGCUAAGUCUCAGCCGCUAGCUAGCGGGGAGUUGUUGGUGAUCGCUGCAAGCACCGUGUGCAGUAUAGUGCUCUGACUGGAAGACCAAGUGCGGCACCGGACGAGCUGGGUCGUGAAUUAUUCAGUUCGUCACGUUUUGGGUGAGCGAAUCGCUUCACGAAGGUGUCCUACUGCAGGCGUUUCCACGGUUACUGCCGUUGCCGCGGCGAUAUGCGAUGGGCUCAAGCUUGAUGAUGAGCACAUUGAAUUUCACUAGAGACAUGCCAUUGACGGAGAAGGAAAUCGACACGCUUCACAAGAUCGCAGCCAGCAAGUCCGACGAGGAGGACAUGCCUCGCGGUGGUUCUGCACCGGGACCGGGAUCGCCUGGUUCCACGACGGCUGGUGGUGGUAAGCGAGGCGGUGGACCUGGAGCAACGGUGUCAGCGGGGGUAGUAGCAGGAGGAGGUGUUGAUCCACUGGAUCCGGCCAGCCUGGAUGACCUGAGCCUGGGCGAGAUGUUCCUGUGGAGUGCAGUGAACCUGUGGGGAGUGUGGCUGCUGACAUGUGUGCUCACCAUGUGGACGCUGCGCGACUACCUGCCAAUACGUGAGAGCCUACAGCAAUACUUCUUUGCACUGCAGAUGCUGAGCAUUGAGGACGUCGUGUUCACCUCGUUCCUGCUUGCUUCUACGCUAUUCAUACCCGUGUGCUGUGACUGGUACUGCCAUCGCGUGUACGACAUCUCCUUCUUCUCCUAUAUCCGCUCCGGUGACAUUCUCUCUUUCAAGCUACCCGAGAAACGUGACACCACUGAUGUGCUCUCAGACUACAAGGUUUGGAGAAACCCGCUGUGUCUAUUCAGAGGUUCCGAAUAUGAUCGAUACACGUGGGUAACGAAUGACCAGCCGCUGACCAGCAGAGACCGGGAGCUCACUGCACAGGAUCACUCAGUGAUGUUUAUCUGUGCAUCGGAUAUGGAUGAUCCGGAAUCUCCCGACGCAUUGAUGAACCUGGCAUGGCAGUCAUGCUGCUCUACAUCACGUAUUCAGUUAGCACAUGAAACACUGGACAAAGAUCCAAGUCAUCCAGCCGCUCUGCUGCUACUGGCUGAAGAGGAGGCCGCGACAAUACUUGAGACGGAUGGCUUGCUACGACAAGCGCUGAAGAGCCUGGAGACAUCGAAUCGGCCGAUAAAUCCAAGCCCAGCAGUGAUUGUCGGAAGCACCCAGUCAAUCGCAAGUCGCAAUAAACUUCUCCUGGUCUACAUCAAAUGGCGUCUGGGUAUGUGUUCGAGGAAGCUGGGAAACCUAAAGGAUGCCGUCCGACUCUUUAGACAGGUAACAAGAGACUGCCCCUACCUUAGUGCACAUGAGAACCUCAUCGAGGCACUGCUGGAAAUGAAAAACUACGCCGAUGUCCAGCAGGUCUUAUCCAAAUAUGACGAUCUUGGACUGCCCAAAUCAGCGUCUAUCUGCUACACGUCCGUGUUGCUCAGGGCACGAUCUGCUGGAGAGUUGCCUCUCGUCUCUGUGGACAUGAACCGUGGUGGUGCUACGAACGUAGAACUGGAGCUGGUGGCGUCCAUUAGCAGAGCGGUGGAGUUCAACCCGCACGUGUCGCAGUAUUUAUUGGAGCAGAAAAGUUUCAUUCUUCCGCCGGAACAUGUUGUGAAGCGUGGUGACAGCGAAGCAGUGGCGUACGCAUUUCAUCACCUACGCCAUUGGAAACAUGUUGAGAGUGCGCUGAUUGUGUUGCACUACUCCUGGGAAACGGCUAUUGCUCACCUUUAUCAGCCUACACGGGAAGGUCGAUAUUUUCAUCCCUAUCCGGCCAGCACGAAGGACGGUGACAUGCAAAUUCUACCAGCACAUCAUGCGGUCUCGUCACACCCGUUCAAGCGUACCCCACUGAGUGUGCGACUCAGCGUCAGUGCCUGUCUGCUGUCACUGGUAUCCGGACUGAUAUUGCAAGCUUUCCCACAGACAGUCAAAGCAGUAUGCCUAUUGCUGUUCCAGUGCCUGGAGAUGCCACUGCAGACGGCCAGUGACCUCAUGCAGAUCUACUUCCCCAGUGUCUGGUUCACGCUCAGCGAAGGAUAAGGCGCUUGCCACGACAACAGCACCCAGCUUUGCUCCGCACCCAUACCCGCACGUGAUUCUAUGAGAGGGAAAAGAGAUCACAUGAUCACACUCAUAAUCAGUCACGUGAUCAGUGUUGACUUGAAUCUUGUCACAUGACCUACUGGCACGCUACGCACCACUGUGACUCACUCAUCACAUGCAUCGGUCAUGUGCGCGUGUGAUGCGUCACGUGAUGAAAAUGGGGGAAUACCCGUUUGUCUGCACUGGAUUGUGCAGUACAAGACUAGUAUUAUUGUUAUAUCCACCACACAGGACCGCACUGACCAGUGACCUCUAUCAUGGUUUUGUUUAUUUCUGGACUGAGUUUUAUCCCCCGUGCUUUGUUACUGCAGCUGAGGGCAGGCACAUCAGCCAAACAAUACGUAUACCUAUUUUUCUCUCUCUCUUGGAGUUAGCAAGCCCCAGAUCUGUGUUGUUGAGAUAUUCCGGCAUUCUUUCCCAUGCGCCUUGUCUAGACGGCAUGACCACUUUUGUAAAACCACAUUUUCUUGCUGUCUGAUCACAUUCAAAUGAAGAAAAAUCAAUUUCUCUGACUAUCCAAGCCCUACCUAGCUGUGCUUGCUAUUAUUUUUUUUUACGGUUCUUCUAUCAUUUUAUAAAUUUUGCUGAAAGUAACAGUCAUGAGUGGAUGCGUUCGGAAAUGUUUGUAUCCGGUUUGG